GCGCGACCGCCGCCACCCCGACCUACCGCGGCAGCGAGAGCACGGAGGGGCUGGGGGGGCUGUCAGCCUCCGAGCUGACAGUCAUCCAGUGCAAGAAUAUCCCUGAUUACCUCAACGACAGGACCGUGCUGGAGAAACACUUUGGCCAGUUCGUAAAAGUUCUGCGGAUUGUGAUCAGGCGUAAUAAAAAAAUGGCUGUUAUCCACUUCUAUGAUCAUGCCUCUGCAGCUCUCGCCAGAAAAAAAGCGAAAGAGUUGCAUAAAGGCAUAGCAACAUUUUGGCAAAAGAAGAAAACAGGUCCAGCAAAAAGAGAAUUUUCAUCCGAGGAGAAGAAAGCAGGUGAAGAUGAAGGAAGGCAAAGCAGUGAAGAGCAAAGCUAUCAGCAUUCCCCUCUUCGAAAACCUUUAAUAAGAUCCUCUGCCAGCAGUGUCAUGCCUGGGAGAAGUUCUCCAGCGAAGAAGCCUGGUCUUCGAAAGGCACUGCAGUUUGAGGCAGAUCUGUUUGAUUCUAAUUCUGAAGGGCAGGGCUCAGAGGGCUUGGGAGCUUCGCUGUCCUCUCCUGAUAACCUGGUGGGAUUAAUGGCUGAGACAUCUGAAGAAAGGUACAGGCUUCUGGACCAAAGGGACAAAAUCAUGCGACAAGCUCGAAUUAAAAGGACGGAUCUUGGCAAAGCAAAAACUGUUGUUGGCACUUGCCCAGACAUGUGUCCUGAAAAGGAGCGUUACAUGAGGGAGACACGAAACCAGCUGAGCAUCUUUGAAUUGCUUCUAGGAUCCGACAAGGUAGAUCAUGCAGCAGCAAUCAAGGAAUACAGCAGGUCUUCAGCAGAUCAGGAGGAACCUUUGCCCCAUGAACUGAGACCCUCUGAGGUGUUGAGCAUGACCAUGGACUAUUUGGUGACCAAGAUUAUAGAUCAGGGAGAAGGAAACUAUCGAGAAUGGUAUGACUUUGUCUGGAACAGAACUCGUGGAAUAAGAAAGGAUAUAACCCAGCAACAUCUCUGCAACCCACUGAUGGUGUCUCUGAUUGAGAAGUGCACUCGCUUUCACAUCCACUGUGCUCACCACUUGUGCGAGGAGCCCAUGUCCUCCUUUGAUGCCAAAAUCAACAAUGAGAACAUGACUAAAUGCCUGCAGAGCUUGAAGGAGAUGUACCAGGACCUGGCUAACAAGGGGAUUUACUGCAAAAGUGAAGCAGAGUUCCGAGGUUAUAACGUCUUGCUGAACCUCAACAAGGGUGAUAUUCUUAGAGAAGUUCAGCAGUUUCAUCCAGAAGUUAGAAACUCACCUGAAGUUAGAUUUGCAGUUCAAGCUUUUGCUGCACUAAACAGCAACAAUUUUGUGAGGUUUUUCAAGCUAGUGCAAGCAGCUUCCUAUCUGAAUGCCUGUCUCUUGCAUGGUUAUUUCAGCCAGAUUCGUAAAGAUGGUCUCAAGUCCCUCAAUAUUGCCUACACUGUGAGCACCCAGAGGUGCACAGCAUUUCCCUUGGACCACCUGGUCCGCAUGCUGCUGUUCAGAGACUGUGAGGAGGCCACUGAUUUCAUAAGUUACUAUGGCCUGAGUGUAUCCGAUGGGGGUUACGUGGAGCUGAAUCGCUCAGCUUUCUUGGAGCCAGAUGGAUUGCCCAAGCCACGGAAAUCCGUGUUUGUCAGCCAGAAGCUCCGUGUCUCUGUUGGGGAGGUUGUCAAUGGGGGGCCCUUGCCCCCAGUGCCCCACCACGUGCCUGUGUCCAGCUUCAAUGGGCAGAACAAGUACGUCGGUGGAAGCACCUCUGUGGAUCAAGCUAGUAGUAGCCAAAAACCCAGUGUGGAAGCAACAGAAGGAAGAGUGGAAAGCAAAGGUGUGGAUUUAGAUCCCGCAGCAGUAAGAGUCCAGCCCCCAGCGCAUCUCCUGCCUGUGCUGUUGCCUCGUCAGCUUGUGCCAGUCCUGCCUCCUACACAGCCCAUCUCCCAGCCUAGUGCACAGCCUGAGCCUCAGCCUUCAAAACCUCAUCCUGGCUACACAGACACGGACAUCACCGAAGUGGUGGAUGGGCUCGUGCAUGAUGUCCUCAAAGGAGAAUGCAGAGAAGUGGGCAGAGCAGGAGCAGCUUACGUGGCUGCUGCCAUCUGCACCUCGGAUGCCACUGUGGAGGAGCUCAUGACUGAAGUGAUGGCAGAGAUCCUCAGGCAAGUGGCUGGAAGUGUGCUGAGUGUGGAAAGGGAGCGUGUCCAAGAGGAACGGCGCAGAGUGGAGGAAGAGAGGCAAAGGCAGGAAAGAGAACAGUUGAUAAAGCAGUUGAGCCAGUUGCUGGGAAUGGAGUUAAUGGAAGAAGUAAUAAAGGAGAAUGUUCAAGAAGCUUCAGCCAAUGAGUUAAGAUGUGCCUUGGAAAGAGACCAGCAGGCCCGUAUUGCCCGGUGUUCAGAAGAAGUGUGUGGUCACUGUAUGGAGCUCUUCCUAGAGGAUGAGAUUUUCCAGAUUGCCAAGGAAACCCUUCAGGAGCUCCAGUGUUUCUGCAAGUACUUGCAACGGUGGAGGGAAGCAGUGGCAGCUCGAACAAAGUUGAAACGUCAAAUGAGGGCAUUUCCAGCUGCUCCCCGUGGCAUGGACUCAGAACACCAACUGAAAGCACUGUCUCCCAGUGCAGAGUGGCCUAUAACCAUGGAGAACUUGUGCAAGAGAUUUGUAAACCUGGGGCAUGGAGGAAAGCUGGGAAUCUCUUGCACAAGACUGAACUGGCUGAGAAACAAGACAAUGCAUGAAAUUAAAGUUCAGCACUUCUACCAGGAGUUGGUAAGUGAGUUAGCUUGGACUCCUCUGGAUCUUGUCUCAUUAGUCACUGAACAUAUUCCAGUUCAACAAGAACAGGUUUUUUGGAAGGUGCUCUUGGUUUUGCCAAGUGAUGAUGAAUAUUCCAAGGAUGAUCCCAACAGGAUACUGGUGGAUUGGUUGAAAGCCAAGUUUAUGGGAGACAAAAUAUGUGAGAAAAAUGCUUCGCACUCAGAAGGCAAAAUCCAGACACUGACGUUAUUUAAUUCUCCUGGCGUUCAGGGGAGCAGAAGCAUUCAAGUCAGUGUAUGCAUAAAGGUGGCACAUGGUGCACUCUCUGACUUGGAGCUUGAUAUGGUCGAGACACAAAAAGACUUGCUUGGGACCAGUGGCCUCAUUCUCCUCCUGCCCCCCCGAGUUAGGAGUGAAGAUGUUGCAGAAGAUGAUGUUUAUUGGCUUUCAGCUCUGCUGCAGCUGAAACAGUUGCUUCAGGCCAAACCUUUCCACCCCAUAGUUCCUUUGGUGGUUCUAGUUCCAAGUUGGGAAGAAGAGGAGGCCAUGGAGAAGGAAGUAGAAGAUGGUUUGAUGCUGCAGGACUUGAUUUCAGCCCAACUUAUUUCCAGCUACACCAUAGUGGAGCUUCCAGGUUCUGUCAGUGACCUAGAAGGCACCAGAAGGAUCUCUGUGGCAGUGGGCUGGCUGGUUUCCCAGUGUCCUGACUCCCUUGAGCUUUGCAGUCAGCCCCUUCAGGAGUACAUUGAGGAUGGGAUUGAUGGUGAAUUUGGCAAGCGCUUCUACCACGACUGGAAGGAGAGGCGUUCAGCUGGUCUUCCAUCCCAGGAGCCUGGGACCAUCAUAGAGCUCUACAACAGUGUGUUGCAGUUCCUGGCUGAUGUGGCAUCCUCAGAGCACCUUUGUGACUUGUCUUGGCCUGUCACAGAGUUUUCAGAACCUGGGGGUAACAAGCUGUUGCCCCACCUGCAAUGGAACAUGCCAGAUCACCUGGCCUGGCUGAAGAAGGCUGUGCUGUCCUUCCAGAUCCCAUACCUAGAUCUUCCUCCAUUAGGUGCUCCUUGGCGUCCUGUUUGCUGCAUGAUUUUUCAGUAUGUUUCUCAAAUUGCAAGUUCUUCCCACACUGAGCCACUGAUCCAUUCUCAAGUGGAGAAUCUACUGAGGAAAACUUACCAAAAGUGGAAAAACAGAGCAACUGGCAACUCUGAUGAAGAUGGACCUUCUGUUGAUGAGAUCCCUUGGGAUUGUAUCGUGGCAGUCUGCAUUGAUCAUAAACUGAGAGACUGGAAACCACCCAAACUGCCUAUUGCUCCAGAAGCAGUAAGUAAAGAUGGUCAGAUACGUGUGUACUACUUCAGGGAGCAUUUAAAGAACUUCACUCUCCCUGCUUCAUGGGAUCAAGCCAGACUGCGCACGCAGGAGGAGAUCCGGCACGGCCACGAGAGGUCAAGGAUAAAAUCUCCCAAGUCCUUUAAGAAACCCUACAGCAUCUCCGUGAUGCCAGGUCAGUAUGGCUCUGGCAUGACCAAGUCGGGGCAGGAAGCAAGCAUUCCCAGCACAGAUGAAUUCACAGACAUGUCCUUGGCCCAGGAGUGUCUGUUGGCACAGCUGCAACUGGAAAAAACAGAAAGCAGGAGGUUUGAAGAACAGUUGCACCAAUAUCUAGCUGAGGGCACUGAGCCCCUUGGGGAUCUGCUAGAUCUUCCUCUCUAUCUCCCCCAGUCCCUGCUCUCCACCCCAGCUGUCACCUGUCCAUUGGUGAAGAGUCCUGUGUCACCUGCUCAAGAGGCUGGGAGUCAAGAGGAACCUGAUGUUUUGCAGACGGAGCGAAGCUCUUCACUGUCAGACAGACUGAAACACUUGCAGCAACUGCUUAGAGCAACCAAGGAGGCCGAAGCUGCCUCUGAGCUCCAUCUCUCAGUUCUGGUGGACAUGGUGGAUAUUUGA